GCCGGUACAAGCGGUACAAGUGCGACAAGUGCGGCAACCGGGGGCACCUGCGUCGGGUGUGCCCCAACAAUAAGGUGCAGCAACACUUUAUUGAGGUCGAGGGUGAUGAUUCGGGUGAUGAUGAAAUUCAGAACAUAGCACUACAGGCAGAUCACCCGCCGAAAUUUUGUUUGGCCGUAAACUUAGAAACAGAUUAGACAUGUUAAACGUGUAUCGCCCGAAUACAUCAGACCUCGACCUCGAACGUGUAGUGAACGAAAACCAGUGCUCACAGGGUAAAUACUAUGGGGGAAAUAGAAAAAUAAAGUUAAUGAAAGGUGACUUAGUUUUAGUGAAAGAAUACAGACAGCAAAAAACAUAUUGGGUAAAAGGUGUUGUGGAGGACUUCAUCGGCAACGCUAUGUACUUAGUGCGGCUGCUAGAUCACCCCAGCGACGUCUACAUCAGGCGCCACAUCAAUCAAUUGUGGAAGUAUGCGGGUGAUGAGCUACAGCGUUUGGAUAGUCAGCCACCCAGCAGCUGCGAUGAUGGACCAGGAGACACCAGCACAGAGCUACCACCGAUAGUCCUGUUAGCACAUGAGGACCAGCAAAUCUCAAUGGAACAACAACACUCAGAAGUGACAGAGGAGUCGAUUCAGGAAAGCACUGAGACACCAGACGACGUCAGCGACCACGCAGCCGGUGUUGCGCUCGCGCCGGAUCCAGGCCUCGCGUCUCCCGAAGCGGACGAGGCGCAGUCACCACCUCCUCCAUCUCGUAACCCGUUACGGGACUUGUUUAUUUUUAAAGAUUAUUUUGGGGAAUAUUAGGCUAAGG